CAAUAUUGUAGCUGUAAAAAAGAUACUUAAUUAUGAAAUAAUUAAAUAAUUUUCAAUGGCAAUAAAAUAAUAAUAAUAAUUUAUAGGGUCAUAAAUCAUUACACACUAUAGUGAAAAGUUGUAAGUAUUCCUGAUAUGCAGCCUUGGCCUUGGUUUGGACUCCAAACCCCUCUUUUUAAAACACUGAAAAGUAAUAUAUUAGUGACUAAUGUCUCCUUCUGUUAAGGCAGCACUGCUUAGUGGGCUUGUAGAAAUUAGUAGGCUUAAAGCAUGUUUGAACCUUACUGACACCAGAAUGGAGGUAUCUAGGAGAAGAAUCCUUCAAAAGCACCUGGAGCCAGCGAGACCCCUGCGCCGCUGCAUUCCUGCCAACAUUGAUCCACCAGUAAAUCCUGCUGCGCAUGUCCAGGUGCUGAUGGAUCAAGAGACAAAUAUUGGUGUAGAGCAGUUCUACAAGAUCAUCAACCUUCAUAAGCAGAAAAAAGCACUACCAGUCCCCAUCAGAUGUUUCUUGUCACUGCUGACCAGGCGUGCACUGGGAGGAGGAGUUUUGGACCAAAGGCAUCACAAUUUUUUCCUCAAUUCAGCUGAUAUUGUGAAGAAUGACCACAAGAGGGCCUUAACAUCCAACAGGAUAUCUUACACAAGGGACUUCUUAAUUGGUCUGGCCAGUUGUCCAGAGGCCAGGAAGAAGCCAGAAUUCUUGCCAGAGCACCCAAUAGUGUUAAGUGAGGCAAGAGAUCCUGAGCAACUAAGGCUUUAUGAAAUGAGGAUGAGUGGCGAGAAAGAUAAAAUGGCGGCUGAAGGGCUUCACUCACCUUGAGAAAUUUGUCUUGCUUGUGCAGUGUUUGUGUUUGCUGUUCUUCCUUUCAGUUUAAUUUAACUUUUUAUUUCCUAUUUAUUAUUUUGCAGGAGGUUGACUAGAAUUUCGGUUUUUGAUAACCCCCUGAGAGUGCUGUAGUGUAUUUAUACUGUGUGAACACCUUUUUGAAACAAAAAAAAGCUGAAUGGCCACUUUUCAGAUGUUUCAAUAAAAGUCCUGAACUGAAGUGAUGGCGGGAAUUAUGUUUACACAUAAUUAGUAGUUCUCUGGAGUUAAGAUUAGCAUUUGUCUACAAUUUGCUUUUGAUUUUCUGUCCUAUACCUCUGCUAUUAUCAACCUCCUUCAGCAGCAGUUUCCAUCACAAAUGACACACCUGUGUAUUGUACAGCUGGUGACCAUGUCCAAACAUUAAACAGCUUAAGAAACUGGCAUAAA